ACAAACUAUCGUCGAGGUAUUCGAGAUUUUCAUUUAUUUUAGGAAAACGAACCAUAUUGGUUACUCCUUCACGAGUAUGAAUUAUGCAAUGGCAUUUUCUAUCUUUGUUGAUCAUGAUAGACUGCUUUUUUUUUGCUAUAAGUCAUGAAAUGUCUUGGCAUUUCAUUCUAAACCCUAACCCUAAAUUCUAAAACCGUGAAACAAAAUCCUAACGACAAUGGCGGUUCAUACGAACAUUCAAAAUGGUUUUAUGAUUGGUAUUUGGUAAUGUAGGUAGUUACCACUCACGAUUUUAAUGUCGUGAAGCCAUUUGAAGUGUUUUCUUCAAAACUCGUCAUAUCAAAUGAGGCCAUGWCGUCAUAUUUUAAGAGUUAACAUUCUCAACUCAAAAAGUCAAUAUUCAUGAAUGUGAAAUGUUAGAAUAUUUUUGCGAUUCAAUUAUUUACUUUAUGUAGAAAUCAACUAAAAUGCAGUCAAAAAUGUACCAGGCGUCAUAAAUGCUGUAAUAAAGACCUGUGCUUUUAUAUAAUACGUAAUCUUACACCAAGAUGUUAGACCAUAAGUGACUUUCCUGUAUUUCCCAAGUUUCCUUUUCUGUCAAACUAAAGAAAAGCUUUAUAUAAACAUGCAGUGUUGUCAUUUAUUUUCUCACCUGUUCUAAGGGCGUGGAAAGCAUAUUACAGUUGCUAAAAAUAAAUUAUGCUCUCAUUUGAAAAAAAUGAAAAAAAGCUUGAAAAAGGUACUGAACGAAAAAUAGAAACCAGUAAAGGUGAAGAAAUAUCGUCAGAUCUUUCAAACUUGUAUAUUGAUAAUACAGGACCGGAUACUAUGAAGUGUUGCUUCCACAGUUAACAAUAAGCAGCAUUUUAUAACAAAGGACAGUGAAAGCUAUUUUUGAAGGAGCUCAGUAUUCUACGACACGUUCAAAAUUCAGUUCCGUCAAAUUCACCAAGACAGGUGUUCUAUUUCAUCGUGAAGUCACUCUCCUACCAGCAAGAUGUCGAGUCAGGCGUUAGCUGUGAGCAUUUUAACAACGUUCUUAAGUUUUUCGAUUGUAGAAGGAGAUGGUUUUUCUUACACGAUACACGAUAGUUGCAUUUUUGACGGAAGGAAAACAUUCUGCCGAGUAAAAACAAAUGUCACCGCAAUUUGUCGGUUACAGAAUAUUUCCAUAUUACCAAAACUGUUGGUUGGAAAGAUGGACAUAAAAGGAUUGGAUUUAUCAAACAACUGCAUCCAGUCAAUACCUGCAUUGUCUUUCACUGGUCUACGUGGACUAUCAGCCUUAUCGUUAGCCUUUAAUAAGAUAACGGUGUUAAAGUACCAAGUGUUUGCAGGCCUGGACAGCUUAGAAGUACUAAAUUUGUCAAUGAAUCCACUUCACUCGCUUACUGGUGACAUCAAAGGUGUCUUUGGCUCACUUUCUCUUCUAGAUGUCAGCGGUGUUGUAAAUUGGAGACCAGAGAGACAGCUUCUACGACUCGCCACGCUGUCAUAUGUGGUAGGACUAACUCACUCUAAAGACUGCACUAACUGCUCUUUCUAUAUACCUCAUCAGAACAACUUCAGAGACAAAAUCUCCAAAAUAGUAAAUAGAACAAGAGGAUGUACUCGAUACACUUAUAGCUUAGAUCGUCUACCAGGAAUACCAGGUGUUUUAAAAAACACGAUGUUUUCAUUUACCUGCCAAAACCGCUUAAAAUGUGUGACUUCCAAAGUAUUCAUUGCAAGGAAUACCAUAAUCUACAAAGAGAACUUUUGUUGGAAAGAAAGCCUGCUAUUAUUGAAGGCUCAAGGUUGCCUUGGUCUGAUUGCAUUCAUAUCAAACCUGAUCGUAUUUCUGAACGUCUUGAGUUCGAAAUCCCUUCGUGGUAAUCCAUGCAUGGUUUUGGUGUGUAACAUGGCCUUGAGCGAUUUUCUUCUUGGCAUCUACACUAUCAGCAUAUCUGCCUACCUAAGCAGUUAUUCAUAUAAUUAUUUGUCAAUGAAUAGCCGUAAGAAUUGCUGGAAAAUUGGUGUGACUUGGAUGUUUGCCCAAGCAAACUCUGUAGUCACAGCAUUCUACUUAACUCUAGAAAGACAUCUAACUAUCGUAUUUGCACUCCGACCCCACGUUAGAAUCACUUGCUCAGUUGCCUGUGUUCUUUUGCUAUUUGGCUGGGGUUUUUCUAUCUGUCUGACCUGUUUCGCGCUAAAGUACAACUUUUACGCCCAUUCGUUUCUUUGCAUGCCUAUAAGUUCAAAUUUGCUUUCAAUAAGGACAUUUACUGUAGUAGUAGGUACAAUAGGUAUCUUGGCUUACUUGGCAUCAUUUCUACUUUAUAUCCACAUUUAUAUCAUAGUUAAAUGCGCUGAACAAAAUGCCGGCGUUAGACGAGAAUCUAGAAUUGCUAAGCGUAUUGGAGCCUUAGUCUUUAGCAACGUGUUCUUCUUUUUGUUUCCCUUGUUGAUUACUGGGGGAAUAGCGCUGUUCUCUCAAGAAUACUUGACCACCGUUAGCCUUGUUAUCACAUCAAUGUCACUAACUUUAAAUUCAUUUUUAAAUCCUUUUAUUCACGCCUUCCGAAAUAAUCGCUUUAAAACAGCUUUAAAAAAGAACCUUCAGCACUUGCUAGCAUACAUAAGCUCAUGGGCGUCGAGAAUGCCAUUCCGGGUGAAGGUUACUCCCGUAAAUCAAGUAACGUUGUAACUGAAUUGAAUGAAUUAAAACUUGUACUGCCCACAUACUACUACUACAUAGAUAGUAACAGUGGUUAUGAAGAUACGUAAUUCAGUUUACAUCCAUGUUUUCGUUGAACUCGCAGAUUUGAUAUAUAUCUUUUAAGAUCUUUUUCAGUAUUUUGAACAUCUCAAACCAGGCUAUAGCCAUACUUGUGCAGUAAUUUGUAGAGAGCCGAUACCUUUGAACUAAAGUGCAGAUAUUAAUUACGGCAAUUCAAAUUGCAAAAUCAAAAUCUUAGCCCAAAAGUUGACUAAAUGUAAUUACAAAUAUAUGCAAUAUAUAAAAACUAUAUAUGACUAUUAAUUUAAAAGAAGGACAUGUCUAAAUAAGUUUAAAAAGGCAUGAAAACUAAUAAAACUGACAGAUCGUCUUGAGAGUUAGGAUCUGGAAUUUGUGAAUGUGCCUUAGUGGCUUCGGAACAACUA